GAUGACUCAGAUCAUGUUCGAGACCUUCACCACACCCGCCAUGUAUGUGUGCAUCCAGGCUGUCCUGUCCCUGUACGCCUCUGGUCGUACCACAGGUCUUGUCUGUGACUCUGGUGAUGGUGUGUCUCACAUGGUUCCUGUAUACGAAGGUUAUUGCCUUCCUCACGCCAUCCUUCGUCUCGACUUGGCCGGUCGUGACUUGACUGCAUACCUGAUGAAGAUCAUGACUGAGCGUGGCUACUCCUUCACCACUACCGCUGAACGUGAAAUCGUCCGUGACAUCAAGGAGAAGCUUUGCUACAUCGCUCUUGACUUCGAAAAUGAGAUGAAUAUUGCAGCUGCUUCAUCUUCUCUCGAGAAAUCCUACGAGCUCCCUGACGGCCAGGUCAUCACCAUCGGCAACGAGCGUUUCCGUUGCCCCGAGUCCCUGUUCCAGCCUUCCUUCCUGGGUAUGGAAUCUGCUGGUGUUCACGAGACCGUCCACAGCUCCAUCAUGAGGUGCGACAUCGAUCUGAGGAAGGAUCUAUUCGCUAACAUUGUCAUGUCUGGUGGUUCUACCAUGUACCCUGGUAUUGCUGACCGCAUGCAGAAGGAAAUCACUUCUCUGGCUCCUUCCACCAUCAAGAUCAAGAUCAUUGCUCCUCCCGAGCGUAAAUACUCCGUCUGGAUCGGCGGUUCCAUCCUGGCCUCCCUGUCCACCUUCCAGCAGAUGUGGAUCACCAAGGACGAGUACGAAGAGUCCGGCCCCGGCAUCGUCCACCGCAAGUGCUUCUAAAGCAUUAUCCAAUGUAACACAUUUUAGUAUAUAUCAAAGUAUAAACAUGUCGUAAUAAAUGUGACGAUAACA